AUGGCGGACCCACUGAGCUUGCUUCGCCAGUAUAACGUAAAUAAAAAAGAAAUAAUUGAACGUGAUAAUCAGAUUAUAUUUGGCGAAUUUUCUUGGCCAAAAAACGUCAAAACUAACUAUCUUAUGUGGGGCUCUGGAAAAGAAGGAAACGACAAGGAAUAUUACACGCUGGAAUGUCUCCUCUUUAUCCUAAAGAAUAUACUUUUGACACAUCCCGUUUACGUCAGACAAGCAGCUGCUGCAAAUAUCCCUGCUGUACGCCGCCCUGAUCGUAAAGAGUUAUUAGCAUAUCUGAAGGGUGAAACUGCAACUUGUGCCUCUAUUGACAAGAGUGCACCCUUAGAAAUACCUACACAGGUGAAACGCACUCACGACAAUGAUGGAGGAGAACCAGCAGCCAAAAAGCCUCGUAUUGAGGAAACGCAUGUACAGAAAGUACGUGAACAACUUGCUGCUCGUCUUGAUGCACCUAAAGAAGCAUCUGUCACCGUGGAUAAUAUUAAAGGGUCAUUAAUACAGGCUAUGUCUGUUGAGAAGAUAGCAGCUAUCAAAGCAAAACGUCUAGCUAAGAAAAAAAUAACCAUCAAGAAGAAUGACUACUCAGAUACACUCGGUGUUGUUGGAUCUGACUUCAGAGCUAUGCUAGAUUAUGACGUAGAACUUACCAAAGAUAUUAUCAGCAGAGAAAGACAGUGGAGAACUAGAACGACAGUAUUACAGAGUAAUGGAAAAAUGUUCGCAAAAAGUAUCCUGGCUCUACUAGGCAGUAUUCGAGCCCGCGAGGAAGGUAGACCGGGAGCUCCUCGUCCACCACCCAUAGUGAUGCCGCAACCGACCACACUGCCCGCUCAACAGACACAAUAUAACCGAUACGAUCAGGAAAGAUUUAUUAGACAAAAAGAAGAAACUGAGGGUUUCAAGAUCGAUACUAUGGGUACAUAUCAUGGUAUGACACUGAAAUCAGUGACAGAAGGACCAAGUGUGCCUGCUGCAGCCCGUGCACCGCAAACGCCGAAUCAUCCUAGACAAAUGCCACAAAAUGGUCCAAUGAGCACGCCGGGUCGUCGAGAUCUGUUGCCGGUUGCCGCGGCGCGACCUCCACCCGGCUCUGGUGGCAAGCGGCCCUCACGGACACCAAUUAUUAUUAUACCCGCCGCCACUACCACACUCAUUACCAUGUACAAUGUGAAGGACAUACUACAGGAGCUAAAAUUUGUUUCAAUUGAGCAAAAGAAAGCAGAGGGCGCGGUGCGUGAAAACGAAGUGUUAUUGCAAAGAAGAAAGGGUCAAACGGGAGAGUUACCUAACAACGCAACUACUAUGACGGUACCCUACCGCGUCGUAGAUAACCCGAGUAGACUAUCAGCGGCGGAAUGGGACCGCGUGGUUGCCGUGUUCGUUCAGGGCCCCGCUUGGCAAUUCAAAGGUUGGCCGUGGGAUGGAAACCCAGUGCAGAUAUUUGCAAACAUAUGCGCUUUUCACUUGAAGUUCGACGAGAUGAAGUUAGACGCCAACGUGGCUCGCUGGGCCGUCACUGUACUCAACCUCAGUCGCACCAAGCGGCAUUUAGACCGUGCUGUAUUACUUGGGUUUUGGGAGACACUCGACAAGCACAUGAUGAAGAAUAAACCGCACCUUAGGUUCUAA